UUGUUUCAAAAAAUCAUUUUUAAAGUAUAAAGAUAUAUUAUAUUAUUUUAAAAAAUGGCAAGCAAGUAUGUAAGCACCACGAAUAAUUUGUAUCUGUCUUUAUAGAAAUAAGAAUUUUUUGUGCAAAUAGACUUAUUAUUAUGAUAAUAUAAUAGUUAUUUGAAUACAGUUCUUGAUUAUAUUAUCUGCUAUCUUCACUCAAUUAACUGAUGCAAGUUUAAAUUUUGUCAAAAACCAAAUAUGCAGUGUCCCAAAAAGAAAUCCAAUUUUUAAAGUCUAAGAACUCCCUUUUUUUAUUGAAAAAUAAAAAAAUAGGGGGAAGAAAGGAUGGGAUUUUGUAACUUUUUUUUAGGCUCUAAAACUCUUAACUUUAAAUUUUGUAUAGUCCUUAAGACUUAAGGGACUUAUGAACUACAUUGAGGAACAAAAACAAGAGAUUUACAGAAACUUUCAAUUUUCAAUAAAGACUCUAGGUCCGGUUUUCAAAGUAAAUAUAUAAAUUAAUAUGUAAAUGUAAUAUAUAAAUAAAUUAAUAUGAUUUAAAAUGUUAUACAUAGCAUACAUAGUUUUUUAGGACAAUUUCUAGAAAAUUUCUCAUAUUUUCUAGAACAGCAACAAUAAAUAUUCCCAAUACAGCAAAAACGCGGUUUAAAAUUUAUGUCUGGCUAACGCCCUGAUAGGGGGCACAAAAGAAAUAUUAUUUUGUCAAUAAAGUCAAUAAAAGGGAAGAUAAUAUGCUUUUAGACUGCUCUACAGAUUCACCUUCUAUAUCUCAAGUUGACGAUUCCGCUGUUGAUUUUAAAAAUGAGGCAACUUACCAUGAAAAUGCUGACAAGUUUUUAAAUAACUUUAAUUUUUCAAAUGAUCACGAUUUUUUCCAAAGUUUAGACGAUUUAAGUCAAGAUGAUGACCAAAACUCUAACUUGGAAAAUUCUAACUUAGAGCAGCUUUCAUUAAAAGACAAACUCAUUUUAUGGUAUAUACAGUAUAAUGUAUCAAAAAAUGCAUUUUCAGCGUUGUUAAAAAUUAUUGGUCCUGAUAAUAAUUUACCCAUUUGCGCUGCCACUUUACUUAGAAAGAUCAAAUGUUAUAAUAAAAAUUAUACAAAUGCAAACAAAUCGUACCACUAUUUUGGAAUUCAAGAUAAUAUAAAAAAUAGAAUUGAUGCUGGGCUAAAUGCUGAAUUGAUUCCUGAAGGAUCUCAGUAUCAAAAAUUAAAGCAGGAUGUUUAUGUUGACGGUGGAGAAACUCUUGUAUCGCUAGCAAUAAAUGUAGAUGGUGUUAAGCUUCAAAAUUCUACCAACAAAUCAAUGUGGCCUAUACUUUGUAGAGUAAAUGAAUCUCUAGAUCAAACUCCAUUUGUUGCAGGUAUACACAUUGGUUCUUCAAAGCCGGAUUCAUUAGUUGAUUUUUUUUUGCCAUUUAUUACUGAUUUUACCCAAGUGUCCAAAAAUAUAAAAACCCUUUAUCCAAAAAUAAGAAUUAAAAUUCUUUUCUUCGUUUGUGAUGCACCAGCCAGGGCAUUUUGUAAAGGUACAAAACAAUGUGGAGGAUACUUUUCUUGUGAUUAUUGCCAAGAUGAAGGGUUUUACAUUAAAGAAUUUAAAAAAAUUGUUUUUUCUGAAACUAUUGGUGUGCAACGCACUGAUCAACAGUUUUCAAAUUUGGAAAGAAAUGGACACCAACUGAGAGAGUCUCCCUUAGUCACAAUAGUUCCAAUGGUAACAUGUUUCCCACCUGAUCCAAUGCAUCUGUUAUAUCUUGGAAAUAUGCGUCAAUUGUUACUCAUUUGGUGUUGUGAGAUUAGAGGAAAAGGUCGACUGGUUCCUUCAAGUAAAAAUUUGCUGUCAAAUUUUAUUUGUAUUUUAGGAAAAUGCCUUCCUUCAGAAUUUUCAAGACACCCAAGAUCGAUUGAUGAGAUAAGGUUAUGGAAAGCUGUUGAAUUGAGAAUUUUCCUUUUGUUUGUAGGUCCUGUAGCCCUUAAAGCUGUACUGCCUACUACAGAGUACAAUCAUUUUAUGUUUUUACACUCAGCCAUUUAUGCUUUUUCUUGUGAUAAUUGGAAGAAUAUGAUACAUGAUGGCAAUGAAGCAUUAAUUAGCUAUGUUUCUGGAAUUAAAUCUUUAUAUGGUCGACAUCAUUUAGUGUAUAAUGUCCAUGUGCUUCUUCAUAUUCCUGAGUAUAUAGAGAAGUAUGUCAAUCUUGGGUUUUGGUCUGCAUUUUGGGCAGAAAGUUACUAUGGUGUUUUAAGAAAAAGAUUUCGUGGCACUUCAAAUCUUUUAAGUCAGGCCGUAAAUCGGGUUAGUGAGCUUGAAAUUUUGAAUUAUUCACAAACUCGUAGAGUACUUGCAUGGUCAAAAAAUCCAAAUGAUCAAUUUUUUUUAACAGAAAACGGAAUUAUGCAGCUUCAAUCAUUAGAUAGUAAUACAAUGAUUGGGUCAGGUUUUUUAAUGGAAAAAUGUAGAGAUUUUUAUUCUUACCUACAAUCUUUUAAUUUGUUACAUAUUGGAGUGUAUUUACUGCCAACGGGACAUGUUUUAAAAUCUAAAGUAAUUCGGAAGUGUGUUGCUUUUACACAGUGCGACAAUACUCUAAUAAUUUUUCCUUUUCCAUCUAUUGACUAUUUUGGAAAAUAAGCUUGUGGUUAAUUUUAUGCCUAAUAAAUUUGUUAUUUAUGUUAUAAUAUCAGCAGCAAUUUAUUUGUAUUUAAAAAAUUAUUUUCUUGAUGUUAUCACUUUUUAACCUGAAAUUUUUAUAAUCAUAACACUGUUUAUAAAUUUUAUUAACAUUUAUCAAAAUAUUAAAAAAAACAAUUACAUAAACAUUUAGAAGUUGAGAAACAUCUCAGAAAUAAAUUUUAUUAAAUAAAGUUAAUAAAUGAUUCUAUUAUAAAAU